GCGGCGGCGGCGGCGGCGGCAGCGGGCGCACAGCAGCAAGCGGCCGGCGGCAGCAUGGCCUCGUCGCAGGGCAGGAGCGAGCCGCGCUUCGCGGACUGGAUGGCAACUUUGCCGGAGAGCAUCCUCCGCGUCCCCCUCACCAACCUGGCCAUCCCAGGGUCUCAUGACUCCUUUAGCUUCUAUAUCGAUGAAGCCUCUCCAGUUGGACCUGAACAACCAGAAACUGUCCAGAAUUUUGUCUCUGUAUUUGGAACUGUGGCAAAAAAGUUGAUGAGAAAGUGGCUGGCAACACAAACGAUGAACUUUACUAGCCAGCUGGGAGCAGGCAUACGAUAUUUUGAUCUCAGAAUUUCCACUAAACCCAGAGACCCUGACAAUGAGCUUUAUUUUGCUCAUGGUUUAUUCAGUGCUAAAGUCAAUGAGGGCCUUGAAGAAAUCAAUGCAUUUCUCACUGACCACCCCAAAGAAGUAGUCUUCUUGGACUUCAAUCAUUUCUAUGGGAUGCAGAAAUACCACCAUGAAAACCUGGUCCAAAUGCUCAAAGACACCUUUGGAAUUAAAAUGUGCCCAGCUAUAUUUGCCCAUGAAGUAAGUCUCCAGUACCUGUGGGAAAAGGAAUACCAAGUGUUGGUGUUUUAUCACAGUCCAGUGGCUCUUGAGGUACCAUUUCUUUGGCCAGGUCAGAUGAUGCCAGCUCCUUGGGCAAACACAACAGAUCCAGAAAAACUGAUUCAGUUUCUCCAGGCGUCAAUCACUGAGAGAAGAAAGAAGGGCUCUUUUUUCAUAUCUCAAGUGGUUUUGACCCCGAAAGCUAGUACUGUGGUAAAAGGGGUUGCCAGUGGUCUCAGAGAAACGAUCACAGAAAGAGCUCUUCCUGCAAUGAUGCAAUGGGUCCGAACCCAGAAACCAGGAGAAAGUGGCAUCAAUAUUAUCACUGCAGAUUUUGUAGAACUUGGCGACUUCAUCAGCACUGUCAUAAAACUCAACUAUGCGCUGGAUGAAGGGGAAGUUGACACUACUUGAUAGUACUGUAAUAUGUUUGCUGUGCAUUAAAUAGAUUUUAAAAUGCAUUAGAAAAAUAUCUUGUAACGCUCUGAUCUUCCUAUAACACUGAAUCUCUGAAGUGUUUAGGGCUUUUUGUGGGUGGGCAAAAGGGUACCAUUUUCAUUGAUUAAUCAUUUUCUAUGCUAAUAAACCCAUGCAUUUUUCAUUUGACAAGCAAAACAGGAUCUAUUGACAAAUUUAAACAAAAGAAAUCACUAAAAUCUUUUCCAUGAAAUACCAAAUAUAAUUUCUGUGUCUUACAUUUGACUUUAUUAACAGUGCCAAGAAAUUUGCUAUAUACAGAAUGAAUAGCUAUAUAUUGUUCUCUGUCUGCAAAGGGGAUUCCACAAUAUGAACAUUUGUGCUGCUGACUGAGGGCAGUAUAUUACCUUGAUGUUUUUAGUCCAUGUCCUCCAUCCAUGAGACAACAUAGCUGAUUGCAUUUAUUAGCGGACAUCAGGUUUACUGGGCUUUGUGAAGCAAAGUAAAUAUGAAGUCAUGCCUUCAACAUUCAUAUGGUUGACAGUAAACACAGCCACAUUAGGUAGUCUCUGCAGAGUAUCAGCUAAAUCUUGGUCACCUUUCAUACACAGUAGGGGAUUUCCAGAAGUGCCUCUGCUCCUGUUGAAGUUAAAAAGAUAUACAGUAUUGACCUAAUUCUGCUGUCAUACAAGUCAGUGGAAGCUUGUCAUGGACUUCAAUGGGAGUAGGACUAGGUUAAUAUUGACGACUUUUAAAAACCCUUCCCGUGCGUGGACCUAUUAGAAGUCUGAUAAAAGGUAUAUUGAAGUUAACAGGCCAUUUUCCCAUAGUGAACAUUGGAUCAAUUUCUAAAUCAUUCGUAUCCAUAUGCUUAAAAUGAACAGGAUUUGUUUGUAUAAAUAGGAAUGUGCUUUCUGUGAGAAUACAUCUAUACAACCUAAAAACUGAUUUUUUUAAUAUGGAGGUGCAGUAUACAUUCUCUUUCAGGCAGCUAUAAACACAGAAUAGGUAUCUGCUGAUUUAAACAAUGGUGCCAAUUCAGGAAUGAAAAAAAUGUUGUAUUAAACAGCGCAAGAGUUCAAUGAGUAGCAACUAACUUUAUAGCCCUUUCUGUGUGGCUCACAGUAAAUCAUGAGAAGAGGUAUGGAUUGCCUUACAUGGCACUAGUCAUUCUAUUAUUUAAGAAAUAUACACAACUCUAAUACAUGAAAAUGUUGGUGAAGCAUAGCAAAAUAAGAGCAAUGUCAUUGUAGGGUUUCAACAACUCAAGAACUGGAAUACAGUUGGUUGUAUGUAGUAUAUGUACUGAUAUGCAUGCAUGUCAUUUUUUAAUGCAAAACAUACCAUGCCUACAAAUAACAAACUACACAGCAGUACAAGAAGACUGCUCUUGAUGGGCUAGGCUUUAUAAGACAAAACUAAGUGACUUCUUUACUCAGUCAAGCUUCCUUUGAUAGGGGUUAUCUGACCCCAGCAGUCUUUCCUGCCCAGAGCAGGGGGGCUGGACCCAAUGAUCUCACAAGGUCCCUUCCAGCCCUAAACUUCUAUGAAUCUGUGAAUCAGUGAAACAUUUGAUUGAGUAAGGAGUAAGCACGGUGUUAUUCUGCUCUUUGCUAACCUCCAUCUAAAAUAUGAGGAAACAUGACUGGAAAAGAAAAAAAUAAUGUCACUAGACAGAUGUAUUUUUCAUUAACAAAAUAUUAGAAUAAAAUAUAAACUUGUUGAUAUUUGGUUCUUGGAGAUGUGCUGGAAGGGGUGUGUGCAUGUAUAUAUACAGUGAAGCCAAAAAUAUUACAUGCAUGUACAGGGUAAAAUAUCCACACAUUCAUAACUAUAUCCAGGUUUUAAGUAUCAGAGCAACAAAUGAAAGAAAGUAAAUAUACACCAUCUCUUUCAUUAGUGGUCUCUGUGUAGUGAUUAGGGCUAUUUGAAACAAUAACAGUGAAACAGCAAAACUGGGCCAGUUUAGUUUGUUUAUGAACCCAAAACUUUACUAAAACUGACUAAAAUUUUGCUGAAGUUCACAAAUGCUCCCUCUUCCAACAGAAGACAGAGAGGGGCGUUAUGGUUUCCACCCAAUCCAGACAACAUUCCGUAGGGUGUUGGGCUGAAUUUUGUUUUCCAUUUACAGAUCCUUUCAAAUGAAAAUUGAACGAGUAUGAAAUAAUCAAUUACACAUAGCAAUCAGUUUUGCAGUGCCCAAUGCAUAUUAAAACUGCCACGUUUUGCACAAUUUUUGAGGCAGUGCCUUUUUCUAUAAAACAGGGUGUCCCCAGUGGUGUCAACCUACAAAUUCUUUCUUUACUUCUUGGAGAUAUGAGUUAGGAAGCUGGUUUAUGAGCCUUUUUUUUUUCAUUUCUACUGUCAUUUUUGUCAUUUUUCAGUUAUUUGUGGUCAAACAUUUUAACUAAAUGGGAGUAUUACGUAUACAUGUUUUGAGCUUUGCUAAUAUUUAGGAUAUGGCAAAACAUAAAUCUAAUUUGCUUUUUAAUUUGUAAUCAGGUUUCUAAAUAUAUGUACUUAAGAGCCACAAUAUUGAUUUCCUCUUGGAACCCUGAGACAAGCACACAUACAAUGCCACAAAAAGGGUUUCAAUUAUAUAAAUAUGUACUGAAAAGAGAUGUUUUAAUGUAUUUAAGAAAAAAGUAUAUAUAUUAUAACUGUGUUGUAUCUUGAGCUUAUUGGCAUUGUUAAAAUGUUUGCUUAGCAUCAAUAUUGUCAUUUGGGUGCUGGAAAAAAAAAGUGAAAAAGUGAAGCAAAAAAGUCCUCUGCAGAUAAGGAUAAAUCAUGAUGUUUCUCCAUGAAUAGGGAAAAUCUUUUUAUUACUCUUGGUAAAAUGCUCAGAAAUGUGUCAGACAAAAUUAUACAUUCAUUCACAUUUUUAUCUUAUUUGUAGUGAAAAAGCAUAGCAGGGCAGGGACUGUAGGUAAACAAACUUGCCUUAAUUUUGUUUAAAAAGAAUAGAAAAGGAAAGGAAUUUGAGAACUAUAUAUAAUUUGUUGAUGCUAUAAAUUAUGAUGGACAAAAAAUGUAAGCAUAUUGUCCAGGCACAAGCUGACUUUCCUUAGAGGUCUUUGUGGAAUACUUGCCAAAAAUAUAUCAGAAAAGACCAUGACAUACAGAUGGACCAUCUUAGAGCCCAGUUUUAUCAACCAUAUGUUCUUUGACCUCAACAGGAGCAGGAAAUUUGCCUGAAGAAGUACUGCUGAAUUGGGCGCACAUUGGUUCAGUUGCUGGACAUGCUCCAUUUUGUUUUUUUCUGCAUAUGUAUCACAAGGAAUCCUCUACAUGGAAUAUAAAAUUACUAUAAUCUACUCAUAAGAGGAAAGAAUCUAGCUAAACUACUGGUCAUCAUCAUUUAUCUAUCUAUCUAUUAUAUGUAAUUUUGGAGUUCAUACUGUUAAUUAAUUUUCUGUCAUUCCAUUGUUCCCCUCUUAUAUACAUGUAACCCCUCAAUGCAUCUGUUAAGGGGGGCUGGACAUUUUUCUUGAGAUUACUGAAUGUUUUCUUUCGUGCAGACCUGAAAAAAUACUUAUUACUGCAGAGCACAACAUAAAUGAAAGAGCUUAAAGAAAAUGGGGCAUAUACUCAGCUGCUGUAAACUAGUAUUACUACAUUUACUUUGGUGGAGCGGAUUUAGACCAAUUGAGGAUCUGGUCGGCCAUCUCUGAUUCUGAUCUGGCUAACUAUGAUCAUACAACACACUGGUUGUAUAACACUGGUUUCAGUUGAUUUAUUCAAGACUUAUGCCAGUAUAUAUGAGAUCAGUAUCAAAUUAAAAGGGCCAUCUUCUGCUCAGUUUUCAGUGAUGAAUGCCACUUGAAGUAUUGCUAGUGUUGAAAUUAAUGAGAUUGCAGUUAAUAGAACUGAUAGCAGAAUUUGCCCCAGUCUUUUUAUAAAUGUAGUUUGCACAUAUAUUCUGCCAUUCUAGACCCUCAUGGUAUUUGUUUCUGUGAAAGAAUAUAUGUCUUUAUCUGUGUGUGUACAUCCUGUAUGUUGGACUCAAAUUCUGCUUUAGCUGACACUGGUAUAAAUCCAGAACCAUUCUGUGGACUUAAUAGGAGUCACCACAGUAUAACACUGGUGUAGGUGAGCACAGAAAUUAGCCACUGUGUGUAGUAUAUGGUAUAUUGUAAAGGAGGUAACAAAUUCUGAAAGCUAAAUGGGAAAUAUCAAAAAGAGAAAUCUGCUGAGAAUAUAGCUCCAUUGUUUAUUCUGCAUACUGUACAUGGAGUGAUAAGUGUUACCAGCUCAGUAGGCUGUAGGGGGAUUUCAAGAGUUCAGCUAACACCAUUUUAAACUGCUAAACUCUUUUUUGGUGAAGUAAAAGCUAAUAGUGUAUAUGAUGUGUUUGCCAUAUCUCAGUGGUAGCUUCUGUGUUACAUACAGUCAACAUUGUUCUGAAUUGUACAUGUUUACCUGAUGACAAGGAUAAAAUAUCCUGUAUAGUAUGUAAAAUGUACUGAUUACAAGUUUGUUGGAGUUCAGUGACUUUUUUUUUUUUUUUUUACUGUGCUGCUGUUUUGUAGGUAUGUGUGUGUGCGCGUGUGGGGGUGAGAGUUGUGUACAAUGUGAGAAAUAACUUAUCCUAAAGGAAAAUGGCAGUCAUGUUACCUGCCUUAAUGCAUCUACAUAAUUUUGUUAAGUCUGUAGUUAUGAAUUCAGAUUUCAAAACAAGUCAUACAGUUGAUCAAUACUGUACCAAGGGCUGGGCUGUUUUACUUAGUAGUAAUUAAGCUUGACUUGACUUGCAGCUCAAAAAAACAUUGUUUGAUAAGGAAUAACAUCCUUGAGUGUUCAAAUAAUUUAACUGGACACAAUAUGCAAGAUCUUGUUGCAUUUCUGAUAUGGACCAGAUCACUCUCUGUGAUAUAGACUCAUAACUCCUCAUUACAUCAGUGGGAAUUACAUAUGUGUAACAGAGGGCAUGUAAUUUGCUCCAUAUUGAAGUGUAACUCUGAUACUAAUGGAAGAAAUGUCCAGAAUAUGUCAGCUGUGGAGAAAUAUCUGUACAAGACUAAUAUAAUGUCCUCUGGUGGGAAUACCAUUGAGAGUCCACAGUAAUGGAACCUGUUUCCUGCCCCCAGAUCUAGAUUCAUUCUAAAAGUAGAUGUGGACAUAGCUAAAGCCAAGGAAGUGUGCUGGUCAGUCCUUCCUAUUGCUAGAAAUUUGCUCUCGGAACCAAUAACAGCUCUUAUUAAAAAAAGACAGUGCAACUCCCACCAGAUCACAGAGGUAUGAGGGUAGGUGCUCUAGGAAAGAAGAGAAGCAUUGGUAUAUUUGUAUUAUCCAGAAAUAUGGCAAAUCAGCCACCUCUGCCUUCUCAACAGUCAAGUAUGGCUCCACCCUACCAUCCCUCAAUUCUGCUUGAGAAACCUCUGCUGGCUGACAAGGAUGACUGGACCCUCAGAACGUUAAUUCAUGUUACAGAGAGGAUCUAAUUCCAAAUCUGCCCAUCCAGCCAACUGUGUGUAGAGCUGCUUCAUAUUCAGUAGAGGUAGCUUCAGAGAGACCCCUUUAGCAGUGGAUGAGUGGUCCUUGUAAUGUGGUUGAAGCAUUGAGGUGAAACUUGUUGGAGAUCUACCCCAGGAAGAGCACUGUUUGUCUAAUUUAAGUAUGCUUUCUCUUGCCAUCACUUUCUCUCCAACCUAAACAUUCAAUCUUCCCUCAACUCCUUUCAAAACACAUCAACUCUCUUCACCUCAUCCUCCAGGCACCCUUGCAACAUCACAAGCUGCUAUGAGCAAAGGUGCAUUUAUACUGGCCAAAAGAAGGUUGUUCAUUUCAUUGUAGAGCUUCAGCUUGGUCAACAGCUUCCAUGUAGAGAAAAUAUGUACGCAUGACUGAGAGAAGGCCGAGGCAGGUUUAUAUAGCCCCCGUCCAUCCCCAGUCUCCAGAUGCAUGCACAUUCUUGAUCAGUUCUUGUUUAGUUGAAAAGAAUUAGCCCUGAAAUUUGUAACUCUAGAUUGAAAACUAGAAUGAACAACUAACUAGUAAGCAUGCAGUGGAAACCUUCAUGUGCUAGUAUGGAUAUAAACUAGAGCACUUAGGCCUCAGUCCUGACAUUGGAGCAAUAAGAAUGAACCUUUUCACUCAUGCUGAAUUCUAUCAAAGUCAAUUGGAUUUGAAAACAUUUCUAGGUUCUGUGAAACAUGCAACUUCACACACCUAUUUUGAUGAGUGUUAUAUCACCUGUAAAGCUGGGAUCCUUGAAGCAGAAUCCACUGCCUUUAAGUGUCAUUAUAAUCACGUGGAAUAAAAUAUGUGUUUAAAGAUAUAAUGUAAGAAACAGAAAUAGCUGGAUUUUUCAGGGCAGAUGCUGCAGUCAUGAAUAGUUAUAGAAGCAUGUAAGGUUAAAAGGACAACAUUUUUGUGCUUUGCCUUGUCCAAAAGUAUUCAGAUUUUCUGCAUAAGAGCCUUAUUGUUCCAAGCAAUUCCUAAUGCACUGAAAUGCUGUUGCUCUAUUUUUGUGGGAAGUCUGAUUAUGUAACACUGGGGACAGUUAGCCCCUGUGUAUUAUGCACCAAAGGUUCACAGGGCUGCACCUUCUCUUUAGGAUGUAAUCAAUAGUAUUUUAAUAAAUGUUGUGUAAAAAAAAAAUCAAUGCCUACAGUUCUGUAUAGCAAAUGUGAAUUUUUAUGACAAGAAUGUGUAUUUAAUGUAAAAAUAAAAUAAAACCAAGUUUCUUUGUAUUCAGUGAAAUGUCUAAUAAAGGCCAGGCACCUGUACUCUGA